GAGGGGUCUCAAAAAAUCACGAGACACAUGAUCUGUAAAAAUCACAUGUGCAAAUCUCUAACUUUUUCUAUCUGGUAUUGUCAUAUACUGUGUUUUAAUGCUGAAAGACAAAGGUCAUACUGAUAAUCAGAUGCAUUUGUGUACAAAAAUAGAUUUCAUACAAGAGUUAUGGUUUAACUGCGACAGCCUAACAAUAAAAAAGCUCACUUAUGUCCAAAAUAUCAGAUUUUUUUCAUGCAAUGUCGCAUAUUUCAGAAGUUUUGAACAAAAGUCCCAGUUUACUUUUGUUACUGUCAUAUGUUUUAUGCUGUAAGACAAACUUGAUGAUAUGCAUGUGUAAGUUUUGCGAAAAAAGAGUAGAUCAGAAAGAGGUUAAAAUUGCUAACUUUAAUAAAAAUGCUUAUUUCUGUCCAAAAUUUCAGAUUUUUUUUUUCAUGUGAUGUUGCAUAUUUCAGAAGUCUUGGACAAAAGUCCUGGCUCACCUUUGUUACUGUCUUGUGUUUUAUGCUGUAAGACAAACUUGAUGAUAUGCAUGUGUAAGUUUUGCAAAAAUAGAAUAGAUCACACAGAAGUUAAAGUUUAAUUUAAAAAAUAUUUCAGAAGUUUUGGACGAAGGUUCUUCUUCACUUUUGUUACUGUCUUGUGUUUUAUGCCGUAAGACAAACUUCAUAUUAUUGUGUAAGUUUUGCAAAAAUAGAAAAGAUUAGACAAAAUUUAUGGUUUAAUUGGGAUUACAAAUAAAGUGUAUGUUUAUUUUCUCAUGAAUGCACCCAGUUUGUACUUAAUUUUCAUUUACUGAUGCCUAUAAGUUGUUUUCUCACACUAAAACUAAACUUUCUCAAAGUUUAAAUCUGUUAUUUUUCAUGUGAAGGUGUUCAUAUUGGGCAUCUGCCUGAAUUGAAGCUUUAAAGUGCCUCUCCUCAUAUAAAAGUGCUUAAAUUCACUGUAAAUUUGACCCUUUUUUGAGAUGUGUCGUUUUCCUAAACUGAGGGGAAGCUCAUAUCUGAAAAACUUCACUCAGACAAACCCAUUUCCUCAGAACCCAAAAAGCUUUUUCGGAAAUGCAACCCAAUUUGACCUCGUUUUUCCACACCAGUUUUGAAGUAGUGUUUAAGUUGAAAACAUGAUGGAAAAUUACCACCGCUUCAAACUCCACCUGCUUGGCUUCUUCUGUGGUUUUCAAAGAACUCUCUACGUGCUGUAAUGUUGUGUAAAACGAGAGAAAUUCGAUGAGUGUACGAUGAUGAAGUCCAUACCUCUAGAGUUUCCUGGUUUCUGCCCGGUAAUCGUGGAUGAGUGUGUACACACUUUGUCGCCUCCCACAGGAAAUACGCUGGCUGAUUGAUUGGCUGUCGUGGUCAUGUGACACGGUGUAAUUCCAUGUCUGGGAUUCCUGGCUGACAUCAUCACUCUUGGAAAGUUACAGAGUUUCCUACAGCAUCCUUGAACAAAAUCACAUGAUUUCUUCCAACAAGACUCUGAAAUCCCAGGGAAAUUUCAGACGCUUAGAGGCACACGGAGAGGAUCCCUGGAAAAGCGGGCAUGUCCGGACACGUGUCAGGACCAUAGACUGUAUAUAGAAGUCUAUGGUCAGGACAGCCUCCAAUAAGACAUGUUCAUUACUAUCCAAUCAAACAGCAAAUCAGUGAGAUAUACUGUAUUAACUUAUAAAUCUUCAAUAGGGGAGACUGGGAUAAGUUGAGCCACCCCCUGUUGCUUUGAAAUGGCAAAAGAAAAUUGAUCAUGUGACCAAAUAUUUUAGAGAUGGGCAUCAAUUAAUGGAGUCUGUGAAGGUUAGAAGCACAUGGGUGAAGGGGUUAGACAUUUAUUUAAAAAAAAAAAAAAAACAUUUUUCACUCUUGAAAGUGAAUUCAGUCUGUUAUAAGUUUUAUUAGAAUUGUGUUCAGACCAAAAAAGAUCAUUUUAUCAUCAUUGUUUUUACAUCAAUUGAGGUAUCUGUGAGCUACAACAUGAGGUCAAAAACCUAUAAAAGUCCAACAUUUUAGCUUAGAGGACUAAUAAAGUCAUCAUAGUAGUUCUGGGGUAAGUUGAGCCAGUGGUUUAACAGAGAAAGUAAAUUAGUUUGAUGAGAGGAACAGAAUUUCAGUUCAGAUUGUUGAAAUGUUUUACUUUUUCUUUUCAAGAAUACAGCUGUGAAUGUUCUAAAUCACUAAAAGGCAUUCUUGUGUUAAAAUGGCUUUUUACAAAACAGCUUUUUAACAGUUAUAUGCAAUCAUAGGCUACGUUCAUACUGCAGGUUAUCAUGCACAGUUUAUAUUUUUUGUCAAAUCCGAUCUUUUUAUGCGGUAUUGCGGCAUCUAAUGUGAACGGUUGGAGACAAAACUGUGAUUGCCUUGAUGUAGUGAUCCGAAAUAUGAAAAAUGGCUCAUCUUACCCCAGUCUGCCCUAUGGCAUAUAAUUUGAGGGGUAACAUGAUAACUCCAAAUUUUCUAUGUUAAGUUUUUAUUUUAUACUCAACUUUAUGAGGUGGAUGAAAAUCCUUUUGUUCUCAGGUGUAAUUGCAUAAUCUGACAUCAUGCCAGGUAAUAAUGAAAAUAAAGGCAAUUGACCUGCUCACUUAUAAUGAAACUUAAGUUCACACUUUGAUUCCUGUAAAUGUAUGAGGUCUCAGAAACAGUUUUAUAAAAUGGAUUAAAUAUUUACUAAGGUUUCCUGUGAUAGACUUUCAAAAUGACUGUCCUCUGUUUACUUGACCAUAAAGCAAUUUAUAAUUUAUUGACCUAUUUGAAUGUUUUCUGUUUUUACACAACCCUGUAACAUAUUAAUUUGUUACACUAAUACUCUUUCUGCCUUAUAAUGUUGAGACUAAUUAAUGCAAAAUAAAGACCCAAGCACAACGUUUUUAAUUGACAGAUUUAUUACGAUGUAUUUUUAUUUCAUUUUGCAAAGGUAAGGUAACAUAGAAAUUAGGCUCUUCUCUCUAGCAACAAAAAAGUGUAAACUCAUGCAAAUAGCCAGAGGUUGUGCUGAUUUGCUUUGGCUCCAUGACUUUAAAAAUAAAUGGGUGAAUAUUUUAUUUAAAAGUAUAUUUUAUUCUGGGAGGGGAUAUUACAAUAACAAGCAAUUUCAGAAUAACAUUAAUAGUACUUUUGGUUUUUUCUUUAGACCCCUAGGGGACCUUUUUUUAAUUUUCUGAAGCAUGCUGGUAGAAAAAAAAUCUUUAUAACAGCAUAAGACUUGAUGCAAUUAAUAAUCACAAAGGAGAAUAUGAGAGCAAAAACAGAGAUAAAGAAAUAAUAGCAAUCAUGUCUUAUGAAUAUGAAUGCAUGUGUUUUUCUAAACGUUUUUCAUUGAUGGAUUUAUUACGAUGCAUUUUUAUUUCAUUUUGCAAAGGUUAGGUUACAUGGAAAUGAGGCUCUUCUUUCUAGCAACAAAAAAAAUCUAAACUCAUGCAGAUAGCCUGAGUUUGAGCUGAUUCACUUUGGCUCCAAGACUUGACCCUGUGUGAAAAAAGUGGGUGAAUAUUUUGUUUGAAAGUAUAUUUAUUCUGAGAGGGGAUAUCACAAUAACAAACAAUUUCAGAAUAACAUUAAUAGUCUUUUUGGUUAUUUUUUCAGACUCGUAGGGGACUUUUUUUCUGAAGCAUGCUGGUAGAAAAAAAUCUUUAUAACAGCAUAAGACUUAGAACAAGGAGAAUAUGAGUGCAAAAAGAGAGCCAAAGAAAUAAAAGCAAUCACGUCUUUUUAAAAUGUGGAUGCAUGAGUGUUUAUUUGUUUUAAUGUAGACUUUGUAUGAGCCAUUUUAUCUAUAUUAUUUUUGUUCCUUGUACAAUCACCAUAAGGGGCACUUCAGGUGGAUUAGCAGGUAAAUGCUACAAAAGGGACACAGGUGAAGUGGUGAUCUGGGGAACGGGAGGAGCACACAGUUUUUACCGCUAAUCUCCAACAGCAAUCUCUCCCUCAUCAUCAUCGUAAGCUGGACAUAUCUGUCCUUUUUUUGUUUGUUUUUCAUAAUAAAUGGCAAAAUAUAGCUCAACAACAACCUUGGAUUGGACAUUGGGUUGUUGUACUGGAAGCACAUCAAAAACACCUCACUCACACACCCAGAAAGUGACUAAAAUUCAGGUCAGCAUAGUCACUACAUACUUUUUUCCACUGACAUGGAUGCAGAAAUGUGGACUUUCUCAGGUUUGUGUUAUGGUUGCAUCAAGAAAAGAAUUCAGUGUUUUAUUUUCCUGUUUCCUUAUCAUUAAAGGAAACAGAGCAAAGCACACAACCCCCCCUCCUCCUCUUUGCAACCCCAGGCUCAGCCCCCUCCCCUCCUCUACCACACUUGGUCAGACAUAGCAGGCCAUCAAAAAAUCAACUUGUUCCCACUCCACCUGUUCAAAACACUAUUAAUCUGCUGCCGUCCAAUAAAAGGCUCGGCUCUCAGAGAGGAGCCAAUAGAAAGCCAUUAAUGCUGUGAGACCCCGGCCAAUCCUGGGCUGCAUUCUAAUGUGUCCCAUCUUUAUCAAGGUGCCAGUCCAUUUCCACAUACUGCUUAUUUAUGAUUUCUGAGAGGAGAGCCGGCUGGAGGGACGUUCCUUUAGGGGAAAAUCUGUUUCUGGAGGGCUCACGCAAGACUUCAGAUAUGGGAUUAUCACAGACUGCACUGUGGCUGAGAAGAGGGUGCAGGGCAAGUGUUAAGAGUUAAUCUGGUGCCGUGCAAACUUCAGGAAACAUUGAAGACUGUCAAAAUUCUGUUGGUGUUAUUUGUUAUUUAAAUACCAAGUCAAAAAGGUGUUGAACCAAAUCGAGACAUCGCCCGUGAGUAGGAGAACUCCUCGUGGGCCCCUCAGAGGUCUUCUUCGCCUGGAUCUUAUUGGAUGUGUUACUGAGACCUGGAGGUAGAGUUACAGAUUUCCCCAUGGAUCCAAACAUCCAGGGGUCUUUCCUCUUCAACAACAGUCUGAACCAGUUCCCCACAGACCUGAAGGCCCCGGUGUGCCAGUACUCUGUGCCAAACUCUUUCUACAAGCUCAACCCGGGCCUCAACAGCCAGCUGCAGGCAGGGACCCCGCACGGCAUCAGCGACAUCCUGAGCCGCUCCAUGGUGGGGAUGGGCUCCACGGGAACCACCACCUUGCUGUCUGGAUACUCCACGAUGGGGGGAUUCGGCCCUUCGGUCACCAGUACAUCUGUGUACUACAACCGUGACUACAACACCAACCUGGGUGGCUUCUCAAAGCCAAGCGCUGAGUGCCCCAUGAAGGGUCGCAGUGUUAGCUGCUGGGCGGAGAGCGGCUGUGAGUGGAGAGGAGGGAGGCAGCAGUGCACCAACAGUGAGUCUCUACUGCAGACAUCAUCUACAAUGUUUAAGAUCUUUAUCGUAUCUAUCUCAGCUGAGUUUGAAACAAUAUAGAAAUAUGCAACAACAUAAUGAUCUCAUUGCAUGGUGACGGCAUGUAUUUGUAUGAAAACUUCCAACACAUAAUUAAUUCCCUUAAUUGUGCAUGUAUGUACAUUUUCAGGAAUUGUAAUCUUAAAGACAACUAUUUUCACCAGGAGAUGAGUUUAAUGUCGAGUGAAAAUUGCACUUUAACAGCUGGUUUAUAUGUUUUUGUGAUUUUUACUGAACUUCUACUAUAUUUAAACAAUAUCUAUAAUAGAGGGGGACAUAAUCUUUGUCUUAAGACUCAAUGACAUUGCUGCAGUGGUUUAUCUUUGUGCAUUUUUUCCCCUCCCUGUUAUUUCCAGAUAGUGGUCCUCUUGCUGAGAUGUCAGGCAGGAAGAAACACACCAGACCCACAUUCAGCGGACACCAGAUAUUUGCUCUGGAAAAAACAUUUGAGCAGACAAAGUACCUGGCCGGGCCUGAGAGAGCUAGACUGGCUUACUCUCUGGGAAUGACUGAGUCACAGGUCAAGGUAAAGAUGACUGCAUGUUAGUGAAGCUGUUUAAAAACCCUUUAAUGCCUGAAACCACAAAUUAUGGCCAGAAAAUUCAUAUUUUUUGGGGAGCUGAAAUGUUUAUUUCACUUGCUACUGAAAACCAAAAAAAUCUAAAUGUCCUUAAAAUUAAACAAAUAUGUCUAUUUAUCUUGUUUGGUACAUUAGAUGUUUUUGGAAACUGAUAAACCACAAGAGGACAUUUUUAUCAUUUAUCGGACUGUAUUCAGGUGUUUUUUAGUAAUUUGUUGAUCAUAUUGAUUUGAUAGAAGUAUCAUAAAAGUAUCUAUCAAAUAUGAUAGAAAAGGCAAUAAAGGGAUACAUGAUGCCUUUAUGAGAGGAGACACUAAAACUUUGCUUUGCAUCAUUUAACUAUUUUUCAUGUCAUGUUUUUUUUCUCUUUCUGACCUUUGUGAUUCUCUGGUCAUAUAUUGUGGUUUACUUCAGAGGUACAAUAGAAAUAAUUCAGUCUAAAAUGCACUUUAGGUACCUUUUGUGAGUUGCAAGCUUUUAUUUUUACUAUUUUUCAUGUUAUGCCUUCUUCUCUUCCCAUGACCUUUUAUGUUUCUCAGGUCCUUUAUUGUGGUUUAACGAGCACUUAAGAUGCAACUCUUAUUUUGAAAGGCACAAUAGAAAUAAACCUGUCUAACCUGCACUUUAAGUACCUUUUAUUAAUUACAAGCUUUUCAUUUUACUUUUCUUCAUGUUAUGUCUUUUUCUCUUCCCUUGACCUUUUAUGUUGCUCUGGUCCUUUAUAGAGGUUUACUUCAGAUGCGACUCUUAUUUUGAAAGGUACAAUAGAAAUAAACCUGUCUAACCUCUAACCUGCACUUUAAGAACCUUUAAUUAGUUACAAGCUUUUUUAUUUUAUUAUUCUUCAUGUUAUGUGUUUUCCUUUUUUCCUUGAUCGUAUAUUGUGGUUUAACGUGCACUUUUAAAUGCUACUCUUGUUUUGAAAGGUACAAUACAAACAAACCAGUCUAUCCUGCACUUUAAGUACCUUUAAUUAGUUUCUACUCGCUAUAACUGUUAAAAACAGGUCAGCACAUGACAACAGGAGCAUGUUUUCAUGAUUAAUCUGCGAACAAACUGUCCCGGUUAACUGAAAGAGCUUCUCUCGGUGUGUUUGUGUUCAGGUUUGGUUUCAGAACCGUCGUACCAAAUGGCGGAAGAAGAGCGCCUCCGAGCCGAGCUCCACGCAGGCUAGCCUCGCGGGUCAAGGCGGUGAGGCCUCGGAGAACGAGGUCGAGGACGAGGAGUACAACAAACCUCUGGACCCGGACUCCGACGACGACAAAAUCCGACUGUUGCUCCGCAAACACCGCAGGGCCUUCUCCGUCCUGCGCCUCGGGCCCCACCACGUCUAAUGUCCAAACUGUGCACGCGCUGAAACACACACACAAAGGUCAUACACGCGCGCGCGCCCCACCACCGCAGACCUGCAUGCUGUAAUGAUGAGUUCAUAUUAACAUCAGAGUUUAAUCAAUGAGCCUUUAAAGCAUGUUCAGCAGAGGUCAUUUGUGGUUAUUUAACAAGACGGUUUAAUAAACAAACCGGCUGUGUGUAAAAAAUUAAACUCAACUACAUUUACUUUCAUGAGCUGAUAUCUGGUCUGUUAAUGUUACACUGCUUUAAGAGGGAUUGUGUCAUAUACAGCAUUUUGUAACAAUAAGAAAAUUACUGCAUGGUACUACCAAUCAUACAAAUAAGUAAAUAAAGUGAGGAGUCUUAAGUUAUUCAUGUUAUUUUGUUUUACGGUGGAAGAGUCACUUUGUGCCAUAGACCACGUAGUUGAAUUGAUAUAAUUCUAUCUAGAAAUACCUGCAAAUAUGCAAAAUGUCAUAGUCUGAUUGGGUCGAAGAGCGAUAGUUUUAAUCAGAAAAUAUGUAGAAAAUUAAAAAAUAAUACAUCUGCAGGUUAAAGGCACUGUAAGGAGUUUUAAACAGGUUGAGAAACAGGCUGAAACUGAUGCUAAUGCCUCUGUAUGACAUUCAAAAGCGAAUGAGACCAUCAGCAACAAGGCUGAAAUUUCCUAAAACCGCCAGAAGUCAAUCAGAAGAUUGACAGCCCUUAUAUUUGCUUUUUUAUGGCAAGUAUUUGGGUUUACUUUUAGAAAAGAAAAAAAUCAGGAUUCCUUUUUUUUUGUCUAAGACGACUGUUACAUGUACAGCACAAAAGAAAAGAGGUAUCAUCAGAACUGACAUAAAGCAAAAGUUUUCACAAUAGUGAAAGUGCUUAAACUAAAAAUUGCCAGUCUUGUUGCUGAUGGUUUUGUUUUGUUUUGUGUAUCAUAAAAAAGCAUCAACAUGAAUUUCAUAAACCUAAAAAAAAAAAACUCCUCACAGGAGCUUUAAGCAAUCAAAAAAAUGUAAUUGACAGCCAGGCACCGUGUGACACAUUUUCUGUUCAUUUUUAUGUGGUUUUCGCUGCAGAUGUUUAUUUUUUCUUUUAUACUGUACACAUACUUUUGAAAUACAUUGUAAAAAUAUUUAGGCCAAUAGUGUUACAAACUUCUGAGACGAAUAAAUUAUUGUGACUGAGCUAUUUAACUGUCAUGUUUGCCUUUAAAGGAAAUCAAUGUUGCUACACUAACUCCAAUUCUGCUGCUGUAUUUGUGGUAAAGUGACGGCUGAACUGGAAAACAAAAAAGGCACGAACGCUGAAGAGAAGUGCAGAGGUCAAAGGUCCAAUCAAGUGUGAUUUCUGUACAGAGAGGUUUAACCGAAGACAAUGUCCCCCACCACCCACCUCAACAUAAAAUCAAUACAGACAGAGUGGCUCAUUCACCUCAGACUCAUCGAGCUGGGACUCCAUAUGGAGCAGUCAGCCAACAUCGAGCCAACAGGGUGACUGUCAGAGGAGAGGCUGAGGAAUGCUGCAGGGACACUUUUACUUUGAUUUCUCACUGCAAACGUGAU